UCCCCUCUAUUCUCUUGAUUUUCUUCACUCCGAAGGCUUCACUUUCUUCUCUUCACUGGUUCCGUUUCUCUUGCCCUUCCCGCUUGUCUUUCUUUCUUCGCUUAGGAGGUGAAGAUAGCAUCGAAUCGAUCAGUCGAAAAGCACAAGGAAGAGUCUCAGAAGGCAUCGAAGAAGGGUUUUUUGAAAUCAGAACAUGAUUUCAGACCUUAUAACUUUGUUCUUUUUCUGGAUAAAGCGAUAUUUAGUUGUUUUUCAUAGUCGCAGACGAAGCACUGUAUCUCUCUUUCUGUUGACGCUUCAACACCUCCAAGUGCUACAAGGGCUCGAAGGUCAUGAAUUGGUGAAAUCAACAAACUGUCAUCGAAAGGUGGCGAUGGCGAGAGGCAGAUCGAGGCGAAACGUUGCGUCGCUUGUCAAGAUGCCACUGCUCGAAUCAGGACAUGGUUCUGCCUCAUUGUUCUUGUCUGGUUUUCUAGCUUAUUUUUCAUUCCUCUUGCUAGCGAAGAAGUUUGAUCUUUGAAGAUGCCGUCCAUAUCAGUUUGAUCUUUCAUGGAAGCUAUAGCUAAGCUGCUGGUGGUGACCAUGUCUGCCUCAUUGUUCUUGCUGGUUUUCUAGCUUAUUUUUUCAUUCCUCUCGCUAGCGGAGAAGUAGUUUGAUCUUUGAAGACGCCGUCCAUAUCAGGUUGGCAUACAUUAUCUUCGUCUCUUACAUUUUAUACUUCUAUUUGCUUGUUAUUUUUUUUAGUUUCUUUGUUGUUUAUUUACAUUUGUCUAUUCUGAAUCUUGUUCAUGUAUUUUAGUUAUUAGAUCUUAUGUGUAACCAGUGACGAAUCCUCUUGCCGCCCCACCCUUUGAUACUCCUUUGAGGGGAAAAAAAAAAUUCUUUCUUGUAAAAGAAAAAUUAUUAGAGAUCUAAUAAUCAUUAAUUUGA